AUGAACGACGACAUGGAGGACGACGAAGAUGAUGACGCGGACGAUAACACAGACAGCAACGCUGAAGAGGUCGCAAAGCUAUCCUGCCCAACGAGCCUCCCCAUUGAUCCAGCCACAGAAAAAGAACGAAAUCUCAUGACCAACGUCCCAACCGACCCUCUCUCACCCCUCAAGGACCACAUCGAUGAAAUAUCAUCCCUAACACUCGAUGAGACCAUACAAGCCAUCUCAGAUCUCAUUUCCGGAUUUUCCACCACUGUUUCAUCAAAUGGAGAAUACCUUGUCACCCACGACAACUACGAGGGCACUGUUGACCUCGACCGCCUAUGUGAAGUGUACGACAACUGCGCAAAGCGCUGGCUGGACGAGCAUACAACUCUCCAAACACAUCUUCUGCAGGGCUCUCUCGACACAUUGGUAUCAUCCCUUUACCGGUUCGGUGAUCUUUUUCUGAACGCAGGACGAACAUUAAGUGAAACUAUUGAACCUCUGGACGAUUGUGGGUACCAAAACGCCACACAAGUACGUGUCCUCAAAGAGGAGGUCUAA